UGACUGUCCCGCGGCGCGCACGUCUCGCGCACCGUCCGCGCAGCAUGUGUCAGUGAGGACCGCAAGACCGCGCAAUGAAGGGCCGCCACCAGUUCCGCCGUCGCUUCAGCUUGCAGCCCUCUUUUAUGAAAGAGGAGCAUGAGGAAGACAGGCGCCCGCCACACAGAACCGAAAGGACAGAAGAUACAGUGUCGAGUAGCGGUAACCUCAACAGCAACAGCGUAGUGCGCCACAAAAUAGUCGUAAUGGGAGCUGCUAAAGUCGGCAAAUCGUCGCUUAUCUCACAGUUCCUCUACACCACUUUCUCGCCGAAAUACAAAAGGACAAUAGAGGAAAUGCACCACGGCGACUUCAAUGUGUCCGGAGUGAGACUGACUUUAGAUAUUUUAGACACGUCAGGGGCAUAUGAGUUUCCCGCUAUGAGGGCGCUUUCGAUGCAAUCGGCUGAUGCUUUUAUUCUCGUAUACGAUAUCACUGAUGCAGAUAGUUUCUCAGAAGUGAGAGCAUUGAGGGAUCAAAUACACGAAACGAAGGAGAGCACGGCGGUACCGAUCGUGGUCGUCGGCAAUAAGGUGGACUUGGCCGAGAGCGGCGCGAGACAAGUAGAAUUCCACACGACAGAAUCAGUCGUGACCGUCGACUGGGAAAACGGCUUCGUCGAAGCAUCCGCGAAGGACAACAUUAAUGUCUCACAGAUUUUUAAGGAGCUUCUGGUACAGGCGAAGGUAAAGUAUAACCUAUCGCCAGCUCUGCGGAGAAGGAGGCGGCAAUCGUUACCGACAGGACCUCAGGGCCCACCUGGGUCAAGUCCGACCCCACCUGCUUCGUCGCACCAACCCCACGUCCCGUCGCCGGCCCAGUUGGCACAUUUACAACAGAUCAGGGAAAGGCAUAACAACAAAAGAAACUCCUGUAUCAUCUCCUAAACUAUUCUUCCAGUUGCUUGAUGUGGAUGAAAUCUAUUUGUGACAUUGGCAUACCGAAUUAUUAUGAUGACAAAACUUAAUCAAAGCAAGAAAUA